CUCGAAUGAGAAAUGAUGUCAUUUAUCACGUGAUUGUAAACGCCAAUCAAAGUUCAAGCAACGCUUAUCCGGUAAUGGCAACCUUCACAAAACCAAGGAAUUGGUAGUCAGUCCCAUGUUGAUGUGAGACAUCUAGUGGGCUGUUCAUUGAGUGAUCUCAUCACAGCAACGGUAUGAGUCGUAAGCGCCUUGUGAGAUGAGUAACAGAUCAAGAACACAACACUAAAAUGACCACAGGAAAUACAUCACCUGACAUUUGAAGGUACCUGGUUUAUGUCCUCUUGAUAACGAACCACUUUCAUGUCUGGCUACUGUGAUGACAAACUUACUGCAACAGAAGGAUUUUUCUUAUAGUAAAUAUACAGUGUAACGUUGUCGGUGGAGUUCACGGAGGACAUUUACAAUCAUGGGGGCUUUUCUAGAGAAGCCAAAUACGGAGAAAGAAUUUUUUGAGGGGUCUGGGAAUGGACUACGAUUUGGCCUUAGUAGCAUGCAAGGCUGGAGGGUAGAGAUGGAAGAUGCCCAUUCAGCGGUCACUGGUUUACCACAUGGACUUGAAGAUUGGUCCUUCUUUGCAGUGUUUGAUGGUCAUGCCGGCUCAAAGGUUGCCAAGCAUUGCUCGGAGCAUAUGCUCCAUGAAAUCACUUCCAAUCCUGAGUUUUUAGGAUCACCAAAGAUAGAUGGUAAAUUGAAUCCCUCUACGGAUGCAGUUAAAGAGGGCAUUAGGACUGGAUUUCUGUCAAUAGACUCAAAGAUGAGAGACGACAUUGCAAUGACAGAAGAUAGAAGUGGGUCAACUGCUGUUGGAGUUAUUAUAUCGCCAAAGCAUUUAUUUUUUGCCAACUGUGGGGAUUCAAGGUCGGUCCUGUCUAGAAAAGGGCAGGAUAAACCAGCGUUCAGCACAGAAGACCACAAACCAGGGAAACCCAAUGAAUUGAAAAGAAUAGAAAAAGCAGGCGGAAGUGUAAUGAUUGAGCGUGUGAAUGGCUCUUUGGCAGUUUCAAGAGCCCUGGGUGAUUACGACUACAAGAAUAAUCCAAAAAUCCCACCUACAGAACAGCUUGUCUCAGCAGAGCCUGAAGUAACAGUUAUUGAAAGGACAGAUGAAGAGGAGUUCAUUGUUUUGGCAUGUGAUGGAAUAUGGGAUGUGAUGUCAAAUGAAGAACUCUGCCAGUUUAUACGUUCAAGAUUAGCUAUUACAGACCAUUUGGCAGAGAUAUGCAAUCAAGUCAUCGAGACCUGUUUACAGAAGGGAAGUCGUGAUAACAUGAGCAUUGUGAUCGUGACAUUUCAGAAUGCUCCUGAAGUAUCACAGGAUGCCCUCACAAAAGAAAGGGAACUUGAUGCGCUACUUGAAGAGAAAAUCAAAGAGGUAAAGGAAAACUUUGGAGACCAGACCCAGCUGGACCUCGUGAUGCAUGUGCUGGGAAUGGCAGAUAUACCAGGUCUCCCCCCAGGCGGAGGUCUCUCAGCAAAGAAAGGAACCAUCGAAGAGAUUCUGAGCAGGUUAAUAGACAGGAAACAAGACGAGAGGCACUGAUGUUAUUCUCUAUUUGGGCUCAAGGUUACCCCCAGACUUCUGCCUGUUUUCCCUCUGCUUCACCCUAAUAAUUCUAUAUACCACUCCCUCUCUUGCACCCUUCUGCCUAUCAAUGCAUCAGGACUCGUCAGAUGAAAAGUGGUAGCUGUGUCCAUGGCAACUGUAAUCAAGACAUCUUGCCCAAUGCACUCUUGUGGUAACCAUGUACGAUGCAUAGACUGUUUGGAAGACAACCACGAGUUAGCUGGUCAAAUCCUACCAAGUUCUGGAGCUACAUUGCCAUUCGAGAUGUUUUUAUAGAAAUAGGAAUCUUUUUUUGGGACAAGAAAAGUGAUGUUAGUUUCAUUCUUGAAUGGAAACACUUUAGUGUAAUGUCUUCAAAUAUUCUAGAGUUAAUGAAAUAUUGAAGGGACUUGCUCAUAUACAGAUUUCCUGGUGAUCUGUGAUAUACAGAUAAAAAUUAAUUGUAAUUGAAUUUGAUUAUUCACUUCUUAAUUAUCUGUUAUAUGAAUUUCAUAAUUAUGACAAUAAUAGAUUUGAGACCAGUUGUUGAUUAAAAUUAGUGAUGUAUAUGUUUUAAAACUAUUACUAAAUGACAGUAACCAUCUUAAUGGUUAGAAAAAAUAUGCGUGUGUAGUAAUAUCUAUGUAAGGGUUAAUGUUCAUUUAAUUGCAAAGAAAAGUUUGAUAUCAAGAUGCAGUUUCCAAUGCAAUCCAGACAGUUGAUAUAGCGCCUUUAAUAUCUUAGAAAGAAAAUUGAAGAAAAUUGACAUUUAAGUAUGAUAAAUGACCAAUGGUUCCUUACAUAAUACAUACUAUAACAGAUACGACGAAGUGUAGGAUAAUAUUGUGAUGUUAACCGUUGGACAGUAGCAUGGUGUAUUAUGCGUGCAUUGUCAUACUGUAUAAUUGAAUGGCAGUCGGCUUUUAUCCUUUCAUCUAAUAGUUGAUUAGCUCUCAGUUUGUCUUGCGAGUAUUCUCCAGACUUUAAGCAAUACAAUUAUUUAAAAGCAUGUAAUAAUUAAUUGCCUGAUUGGCUAUGUGUAUGUAACAAAUUUAAUGAAUAGAUAUAUUUAUUAGCUUGGGCUCUUUAUAUUACCCAAAAUUAUUUUUAAAUUUAGGCUUUCACUUGUUUUAGCACAGAUAGAAUGGUACUAUGGUGUUUUAUUUUUCUUCAUUAGAAGUUAGUGUUUUUGAGAUAAAUUAUUCUUCAUUUAUUUGAGUUGACAAUUAAUACACUAAGUUCAGCUUUUAUGCACAAUCAGCUUGUAUAAAUUAGGAUGUUUUGUACUGUUAUAUAUAUAACUACUUCAUGUACAUUGAGCAUAUAUUUUAAAACAACACUGAUCUCAUACUCCAAGGCAGUGAUCUAUGCAUGAAGAGGGCAUUGCUGGGCAAAUGGUAUCGUUUGUUUCCUUGCAUUUAUACUCCAGUUCAGAAAAAACAACCAAUUAAAAGCUAUUAUUUUCAAGUUGAAAAAAAAAAGAUAUUGUGAAACUGUUUGACUCAUUGUCACAUCUGGGCCCCGUCUUACAAAGAGUUACGAUGAUCUAAUCAAUCGUAACUACAUGUAUGUUAAUCCAUCAGUGUCAUAAAUUUUUCUACAGGAAAUGUGCAAAAUGUCCUUUGUAAACAAGAAAGAACACACCGAACUGUCAAGAAAUCAAUGAACUUAUGGAUAUACAUUCAUAUCUAGAACAAAUUUUGAGCAAACAUGCAUUUUAUAUUUUGCCUUUGCAAGUAUUUGUAAGACAGGCCCCAGAAAUGGGCAAGUCUUGGCCAAGAAAGCCAUAUCAACUGCAUUCUACAGACAUCAUUAAUGUACAAGUCACAGACAUUAGACUCCGAACAGUUCUGUGAAUAAAUAAUGUGCUGAAUUACACGUACUUGUUAUUUUGCAGUUUCAAACUGUUAAUUAUAAGGCUUGUCCAUUAAUUAUCUACUUUUAAACAUAGAGAACAUUACUAUGUGUACGAACACUCAGGCAUGUAAAGUUGGUUUCAGUUUCAUUGUUGUGCACCACUUGAGAAAAUGAUUUAGUUUUUACAGACCCAAUAUGUAUACAUGUGCUCAUGUGUUUUUUACAUUGUUAAUGUGCAAAUCUCCGAUAAGGUAUAGAUUUGUAGAGUCACAGGUCAAUGUUACUGUAAUGAAUACAAAUUAUUGAAUACUCGAGUCUGGUAACUAUUCAGAUUAAUGUUUAAUGGAAUGUACACGACAUUUAAUUUCAAUUAUUUUUUUUCUUCAUAUAAUUUGAAUUGUUAGGUAUGGUAUAGGGCCCCCUUUCUUUGUGAAUUAUUAUUAUCAGGUUGGUUGUAUGGUACUUAAAAUUGUAUAUAGAGUAUUUACAUGUGUUAUGAUUUAUUUUUAAAAGCUUGUUUUGUUUAUUUCAUUUUCAAAAUGCUAAAUGAAACUUUUGUUUUGUAGUUAGUUGAUUUGCUUAUGUCAUGCGCACAGGUUGGUUAAUGAGAUUUUCCUUUGCAAUUGCAUUCAUUCAUUCUUUGAGGAGAGAACUCACUUUAGAAAAAAAAUAUCACCUGCAAAGAUCAUUCUUGGUAAUAUGAAAUGUGUCCUUAUGAUCGAGACUGAGAAAUAUAUAUAUAUAUGUGUGUAAUAUAAUUGAAUGGAUAUUCUAUUUUCUAUCUUGUUCAUUCAGUAAUCAUUUACAACCUUGCCAAAUACCUCGAUACAGGGAGCAAGUGUUUUCUUUAGCUUCAUUAUAUUCAAUGAUGGAUCUGAAAGUAGCUUCUGCUCUUAAUCUCUUUCUAUUGUUAUCUCAAUCACACAGGUGAUGAUGCAAUCACAUUAUUGCUGAAAUAAAUUAACACCAAACUUCUCAUUAGAUAAUGGGCUUCCUGGCUUGACUCGAAUAACACCUUGUUUCUUUUCAAAUGAUCAUAUGAAAAAGAAUUGUGCUUUUCCACUCUGACAUGUUCCAGGAUUAUAUCCAGCUUAUCUUCUCUUUGAAAUAUUAACAGAAUCGAACAAGCUCAUUUUGGAAGGCUGGCUGUCAUUGGCUGAAGCAUAAAAUGCAUUUCUUUUUGUAUUCGCUUGCUCUUCUGAAUGUAUCUGUGAAAAGACAUGGAGGAAUAGUUGUGCACAUUCUGAUCUGUAACUAAAGCUAUGUUAAAGGGAUGUUCUUAUUUUAUUGAUUUAUCAAUUGCAGUUACCGGUACUCUUAAUUCACAAUUCCUAAAAAAAAUUAAAAAGACAAAAAAAUUCUUAAUAAAAUGUAAUGUAUCCUGUGAACCCAUGAGCAAGUUCUUGCCCAUGCUGAUUUGCAUAUAAAGACUGAUCACAAAAAUUGCUUUUUUGUGUAUAACCACUCAAAUAUCUUUUCACCAAACCGUUCAUAAUGAAACCAUCAUCCGGGUUUGAAUAGCUAUUUUCAGAAAUAUUUGAGGUUCUUAGUCUUGAUUUUUGUAUAUUUCUUUCCUCAUUUGUGCAUUUUUAAAUAGUGUUUUUGUUUGUUUUUAGUGUGGACAGAUGAAUAAAACAGCAAACUUGUAUGCAAUUUGCUGGCCAGUUGCUAAUCGUUAAUGGCAGGAGCAAUAUAGUAGGGAUUCUCAGCUAGAAAGAUAAUCUCAGAAUGUGUGUGUGUUACCAAGAUACAUCCUUAUCAUGUCUUUUGAAGUUAACGUCAUGAUAACGAUGAAAACUUGUAUUUCAUUUUAGUUGAAGUGCUGUGUUUGUUAGUGUAUUUUUAUAAGAAAAUUUAUCUCUUUUUUUUUUCAAAAUGGUUCCAUUUUUUUUCAGAUUAGCAUGGUUCAUUUGUGCAAGGAUUGAUAGACAUUGUAAAGUCAUUUGAAUCUUUUUUGUAGAAAUGAGUGAAGAUAUUGUAUAUAUUUAUGUAUAGUAAACAACAUCUGUGUACAUGUAUAACUUACAGAAAUAAAAAGUAUGCAUGUGAGAGAUGUAACGGGAACUACAAAUUGAUGUCUACUUUCAAUUUCAAAUGUUAAACAACAAAAUGCUGUACUUGUCAAAUAGGUAUGUAUGCAACAAAACACUGGAUCUAUAUGAAUGCUUAUUUAUAUUCCAAAUUUUCAGAGGUGUAUGUACAAAAUUAUGGCUGUAUCUAUAUAAGGUGAUAAAUUAAUGUGAAAUGGAGAAAGAGAUAAAACGGAUAAUUAUUGUUCAAACUGUGGAUUCCUUCCCUAAUGUAUAAAGCAAUGUUAUUGAUAUGUAGACUAUCUGGGAAUAGCACUGUAAAAGAAAUGAACCUAAAAUUCAAAGAAAAAAGAAAUCUUGACAUAUUAUACCAGUCAAUUCUGCGAAUGAUACUGUAUCUGUAAUGGCAAAUGAAUUUAAUAAAUACACUACUUAUGUUGAUGAAAUGCA